GUCGCCCACGAUGUCGGGCGAGUCCUCUAAACGCUCCAACUUGAUUGACGUGACGUAUCAGCAACUGCAUUCCGCUCUCUACUCGCCCGAAGAAGGUUUCGACAGUGAACAGCUCCGAGACUUGCUGAAGCCCCGUAUAGACCGCUUCCGAAAUGUUGCAGACCCGUUCGGGAAGCCUUCAGACGCGUCGAGGAAGAGGAUCGACUCGGGUAUGGUGACGCUAGACGACGGAGUAAAGUUCCGGGUGGAGAAUGCAGACAAGGAGGUCAUCUUUGCUAUCAGCAAGAAGUUCAACAUUGACGAGGUGCAGGCAUUCAUUCUUCUUCGCUCCUUCUUCUACAACGAGGGUGUCCCUCCAGAAGCCGGGACGGAAUCAGUACCCUUUCUCGACAGUGUGCUGAACGCGAUUACUCCGUUCUACUUCUCCGAGCGUCUCUUCGCUGCACGCAUCGUCAUACCCUUGAUCCGCGCUUAUGGCAAUCCUCCUGAUCGAGCAUACAUUGCUGCAUCAACUCUCCUGCCCCAGAUCCUGCAGGACAGCUCCGAGUUCAUCAAAUCCUUGCUUCGAGACUAUGUGAACAGCACCCAGUCGCCGCUGGAACCCCAUAUUGCCGCUGAUCAUAGGGCUGCUGCCCGCUGGUCUAAACAAAACGUUCGCUUGCAGAUCGUCAUGCUUGAGAUAGUGUUCUGGCUGUUGCUGGAAUAUUACACUCCCUGCGAAGGUUGGCUGGUCGUGCAGGUGCUCGAAGGUGCUUAUGAAACGAACAUGGGCUCUAUUCAACAAAACUCGGCCUUCUUGAUGGAUUCUCAGGGAUCACAGCUGCUAGAAGACAGUGCCGCGAUGUGGUCCUUGAUCACUGUCGAGAUAUUCGAACUGGAGCGGAUUGCGGAACCCGGCGAACUGGAGAUCUCCUCCGAUCCUCAGAACAAGAAGAGCUACACCGCUUCUCCUGAGAGUCUCAAGCGCAUCCACGAGAUCAUCACGUCAAGAACGGACAGUCAAUAUGUAUUCGCGUAUAUGGCUUGGACCUACGUGCUGUCGCGCUUGGCAGACAUUGCGAAAUCCCUCAAGGAGAUCCCAAAUAGUUAUAAAGACGUCCUAAAUCACCUCUUCCACUCCAGCAGAGCGUACAGCAAGGACGGUAAACCACUCCAUGUCCUGAUGCUCAAUGCUUGUCUGAGCCCAGAGGCUGGCCUGUUCGAGCGGAUGUUGUCCCUAUUGACGACGUCCCCGGUUUUCGUCACCUCCGUGGCUUGGAAAGUAGGAUCUUCGCUUAACGAAUUCAACGAGAUUGGUUUCAGAUCUGUACUUAAAGGUCUGCUGAUGGCUAUUCUUGAAACCGCACCAGUCGAGUUCAUGCCUGACUUUGACUCCUUUGUCGAGGUCUGGAUUGCGCUAUUUGGGCGGAGCGAGACCGAAGCUGUCGCGGGCCUUUGCAGGCAAUACUGGAACUCUGACAGGAUCAAGAGUGCCUCUCGCGCAGCCGUGCUGGACGUUGCCAGGGUACAGUUCCCUGUCCGCCCUUGUACAGUCUUGCGAAUUCUCCGGGCUUUGACUGCUUUCGGCUAUAUGGACACCGAUCCCUUGUCCAACGGUAAUCGCAUCGACGAAGACCUGACUCCAGAGCGGGACUACUGUUCACGGGAGGUCUUCCAGUACUUCCGUACACUCGAGACAUAUACUCAAGUCAUCCCCAUGAGCGCAACGUCAGGCUCACAUGCCCUAUACGAAAGACGGCUCGAGCGUGUCGGCAACUCCGCAGACGUCCGCGUAAUCUAUGUGAAUCUCCGGCCUAUCAAACUUCCCGGUGGCACUAUUCUGCCUCCGCUGUCGGUGGGCCGGUUAUUGAGUCCGGAAGACGGGGAACAGCUGGUUCUGGCUUGGAACCACACGCACUCUGGUUGGAAGCUCGUGCUGGAGAUCAUGACCACUUACGUCUACGAACGCCGCCUACAUCCCGGACUGGGCACAAGACACAGAGACGUAUCGUUCGACCAACACGCUCCCGGACAGCUCGAGACGUUACGGCUGCAUGAAAUCGGCAUGGAGCUUGAUGCAGGCAAUGAUGAAUCUCUAAUCACUGACUGUCUUGAUCUCAUCCGCAGCGCCGUGCAAGACAAUCCACCGCUAGCGGAAGAGCUCUUGGACUCGUUAGAGAGGGGUAAUGCUGUGGUUGCGCACACGAUGACUGAAGCGCAAGCUCCGGAUCUUGUUCAAUUAACAACCUUGAUAUUGGAAGAGGCGCUCUCCAGGUCCGGCCAGCAUUCCAAGCGACCCCCUCGGAGGGAGGUCAUCAUUUCGGCCAUGAGCGUCCUCGCUGCACUCCUACCGCUGCCCCGUUAUUCUAACCGGGUUUGGCUGUUCUUGCGGUCAACAACAUCGUUGUUUGGUUCUACCGGCGCCACCGGAGGACUUUCCAAUAUUCUGGCCGCUGAAAGGGUCACUGGCCAUUAUACGAUGACCCUGGCUUUGCUGAAUCUCGUACAGCAACUAUUCCGGGAAGCGUCUUGUUCGCUCUUGUCGGUACUCCCUCGCAACGUUCGAUUACAGGAGGUUAAGGAAGAGGUUCUCCAGCGUGUCGCACUGUUUGUACACGAGAAGAUAUGGCGGGAAUAUGUUGGCUGGAAGUACGCCCGUGUUGGAGACAAGUCCGAGAUUGGCAAGCGACUGGCAGCAUUCUACAUUGAUGUCCUCGAGCAAUCACCUCCUUCGCUGGAGAAUGCGCCUUUUGCAUCCUUAAGUCGGGACCUCAUUAAUCUCCUCCUUUUUGAAGCCAAUAUUUCGACUGUCAGCCCCUUGAUCUCCUCUAUCACUGAGGGCAGCCCUCUUCUCGAUCAACUUUAUACAGCUCGCCGCUACAGCGAUGCGAGGAGGUUGAUCUUGAUGAUGGAGCUUGACACUCGAUUAGCCCGGAUGGUUCUGAACCACAAAUUGCAGGUCCCCAGCGGCACGGGCUUGUCUCUAUUAGAGAGAGUACUCUGCGGGAGCGCAGCCGGUGGUGCACUCUCAAACAAUAGUCAACGGUACCGGAACGAUCCGAUGGACGUUCUGUUUGCUCUUGUCAAAGAUAGGCAGGUGGGUAGAUUUGUUCCGUACGAGGCUGCACGGCUAUUGUUUGGUCUUUGUGCGUCUCUGGCAUCCUCCCAGGUCUCCCCUCCGACUAUCAUCGGCCAUCUUUCUGACCCAGAAGCGUCGGUCUCAUCACUUGUUCAAAUCAUCCAACAUCCCUACGACGAGCCUUUCUUGCGGGUUGCUGUUUGGAACUUCAUAUCGCUAGCUGUUGAUAAGGAGCCCGCAUUGGCGACGCUAUUUGUAGCUGGCUCGUUCCGCAUCCUCGAGGGUAAGAUGGGAAAGACCGACGACAGCGAGACGAAGUCUACAGAUUUGGUCAUGAAUAAGCCUCGGAGAAGACAGCGUAGUGCCUUGGGCGCCGCAUCUGACAUGCUCGGUCAGUGGAGAGAGCUCUGGGAACAUAUGCCCCAGCUUCUCCACUCCAUCUUGCAGUUCCUGGAUAUGGUCUGGCUUCACGGUAUAGAACAUCGCACCGUUCUGAAGUCGCUUCGGGAAGACGCGGAUUUCUGGGAGAAGUUAGUCUCCAUUGUUACAGAAGAGCUUGGACCUGUCCCCGAUUACAGAUCUGAGACAUUCGUGGACUACGAUGAAGCUCGCCACUCUAAUCUCCAUGAAGCAGUGUCUCUUCACGCCUAUCGGACAAUGGCGAAGGCUCUGGCGGUGCAAGUCAUUGCUCGAGAUAUAGAGAUGCGUACGCAGCUGGAUGAGAAGUCGCGGACACUGAAUAAACCAGCCAGCUACAAGGCGAUCGAAGGCAUUAUCAAGGACGACUUCCAGCUGUCCGACUUCAUCUCGGAAGCGGCGAUAAGCUCAUAUGAACCUGGGUUGUAUGACGAGAUGACUGACGUGAUCAGGCAGCACUGUCCCGCUCUGGACCUGGAGCACUUACGGGUGCAGGAUCCGGAGAUGGAACGAGAAUUUGGAGACAGCUUCGCAUUCUCGACCUCAUUGCUUCAACUACGGCUUCAUCCCUUCAGGUCUACUGGCGAUAGCCAUUCGUCAUCUCUCGCAGAUGAUCUGGAACACAAGCUCUAUUCGAUAAAUUUGAAUCAGUCUAUCACACAUGCGCAAACUGCCCUCAGUCUCUCGUGGCAACAUCUUUUACGGGAGGUCGCGCCCUUCCUAGGGACGAAUUCUCCAGUACGCGUGACUCUUUUGACUCUGGCGGCCUCGACCAGCGAAAGUGUGUCUGAUGAGAAACGUUCUGGAGAAAUGAUGUCCGCCAUCCACCACGGGAGACUGGCUUUGAUUCUGGCUUUAUUGGAAGCUGCAUGGUUCUCUGAUAAUGACAAGAACGAUGAGAUCGAGCAAUUCAUCGCCGUCGUAAAGAACAUUCACGACAUUAUGCUUAACAAGCCUCAGUCCCCAAUGCAAUCCUUCAUGGGAUUGACGAAAGUGCCUUACCAUCGAGUGCUGCUACAGAUCGUGUACUUCUGCCUGAAGCAGGCCAGGUCCCUCAUCCGGCGACCAAAGACGCUGAAUGCCUCGCAGCGGUUGACCAUCUCGGCUAUGUUGGAAGCUACUCAGGCCUUGGAUAUCGACGCUCUUCGAGUGGUCCUUGACUUAGCGAGGAGUCGGACCGAGUGGGACAUCGACCAAGAUCUGCAACUCUUGAUAGCGGUCUUUGAGCAAUGUACCCACCCAGAAUUGAGCGCCUCCUCUACGUUCUGGCUUACUCGAUGUCAAGAAACUAGCGUCAUCCGUGCUAGCCUCGAAUUAUUCUCUCAAAUGGAUAUCGUGGGUGUCUCUGAUCUUCCAGCACUUCGGACGAGACGUCGGGCACUGUACACCGAUCGCAUCCUGCAAUUCCAUUUGGCCCUGGCCUGCGUUCCUGCAGCAGCGGAGCGAUUGGCGACGGACGGCCUGCUCAUCGCGUACAGCAACAAUCGCAUCAGCGAAGCCGUCAGCAGAGGCCAGAUAAACGUCACCAUCUCUGAGCUGCCUGGAGAACGCAGUCCAGCUCAUCAAGCUUACUGCAUGAUGUUGGCUCUCAUUGCGUCUGUCUUCGAAGCACUGGGUAGACGCAGUCAUCACUUCGACCUUGAGGCUUGCGCAUUUGUCCAGGUUUCCGGGCAACAGAUCGCCCGGACCCUAUCAUGGACUAUCGGGGAUCCUCUUUCUAUGCCGCUCAUAGAGGAGAUGGAACAAACGGUGAACCUCUUCUACGCCAUCGCGGAGAGCACGCCUCCCGGCUUGCAGAGGGACGAGACAGUGCAGAAGGUCCUUCGCGCGUUCACGACGAGCGCCUUGCUCCUGCUCCAACAAUUGAACUAUGCUCUGACGCAUCCCAACCAUCUCGCCAGCGUGCUGGAACCCGUGACGUCGGAAGAGAGGCAACAGCUGGAGAGAGACUCCCAAGGGCCGUCAUUGCAAUCCACGGAGCACUUGGAUCCACGAACGCGGCCGUUCUUGACCGGAGUAGUUCACAAGCUGUUCAGGCUCACGAGCGCGCUCAUAUCAACCCUGAUCAGUAUCAGCAACGGAGAGACCGUGCUCCUUGGCGAUCAAGACGACUGGCCGCUGGACGAAGCUAUCAUCUACCCACACACUAAAGUAGUCCUGGACGAGCAGGCGUCGCUGGGGACGCUCCUCGAGCUGGGCAACUGCACGCUCGACGUGCUCCGCGUGCUGUCUAGCCACCCACCAGGGCAGGCGAUCAUGCCCUCGUCCACGUCGACGCUCACGAAGCCGCUGGACGUGAAGGACGCAAGCGACACGGCGCGGAAGAAUCUCGAAGCCGUGCUCUUCUACGCGGUGACGCAGCUCGCGAUGUGGUGCGCACAGCCCGAGUUCGAGGUGGGGGAGAUGGAGGUCGUGGAGGACGCGUCCGCCGCCGGCGAUAACUCUUCGCUUUCGCAUUCCCAGAAGGACGAGCUGAGGAGGUCCGGAAGGAGGAGGUCGACGGGGGGGCUGGGGGGUAAUUUGAAGAGGGGCAUGAUGGGCGAGGUUAUAGGCGAGCUGCAGGUGUUGAUAGGGAAGGCAAGAGGCGUGCUGAGCAAGGCCGAGGGUGUCGAGCUAGUGCCGCUGUUGGAUCAGUUCUUGGUGUUCAGGAUUUUGGCGGGGGUGUACGACAAGUCAUGACACGAGUCACGCAAAAGUAUAUAGCGAGUGUGUAUCGGAUGUAUUAGGUGCUUGUAUUUUUAUUGUUUCCUUUACCCCGUCAAAACGUCGACUCCGUCGUAUGUUAUGAGUACUGUGUGUUCGGCUUGUGCAGCCCGCGCGCAGUUCUAGGGGUAUUAUCAGGCGGGUGUAUCCUCACAAACAGUACUUCGAGUGUGUACCUCGGUG